AAAUAGCUGUUUGACAGAUGGCUGCCAGAAAGCGUUUUGCUGCGCUUGGCGCAUUCAUUUACUUUGUUCUUUAACCACGGAAGUGGGUGUCCUGCCCUCCCCUUCCCCUCCCCCCCCCCGCCCCCAGAUCCAUCCAAGAUGGCGGGCCUCUCCCUGUAUUACGAGGACUCACAGGACGAGCUGGAAGAAUUUGGGUUUGAUGAGUACAGCUCUGACUGUGAUGGAAUACGGAUAACCUCGUUCUUGGAUUUGGCAAAUCAAGAUGAAAUGACACCUCUUUCCAGACUGGAGAAGUAUGCUGCCAGUGACAAUGUAUUCAACAGGCAGAUUGUUGCUCGAGGGCUCUUGGAUGUUCUGCGAGCUUUUAGCGAUGAUGAGAAAGAUUUCUUGGCUGUCAUGGAGACGAUAGUUAGACUCUCUGAAGAUACAGAGCCCACUGUGCGUGCUGAAUUGAUGGAACAGGUCCCCCAUCUUGCCAUGUUCCUCCAGGAGAACCGACCUUCUUUCCCAACUGCUUUUUCAAAGUACCUAGUUCCCAUUGUUGUAAGAUACCUCACUGACCCCAAUAACCAGGUUAGAAAAACAAGUCAGGCUGCGCUAUUGGUAUUGCUGGAACAGGAGCUCAUUGACAGGACUGACGUAGAGGUAAAGGUUUGCCCAGUUCUUCUGGAUCUCACAGCUCCUGACAGUGAUGAUGACUACAAGAUUGAAGCUGUGGCAAUAAUUUGUAAAAUGGCCUCCAUAUUGACUGGUGAAAUAACUGAGCGUCUGCUGCUUUUUCGAUUCUGUGAGCUGUGUAGUGAUGGAAAGCUGUUCCAUGUCCGUAAGGUGUGUGCAACUAAUUUUGGAGAUAUCUCUAAUACAGUUGGCCAAGAGGCAACUGAGAAGUAUCUGAUCCCCAGGUUCUUCCAACUGUGCUCAGACAAUGUUUGGGGCAUUCGGAAAGCAUGUGCAGAAUGCUUCAUGGCGGUUUCCUGCUCUGUUACUCCUGAGGUUCGCAGGACCAAACUCUCCCCACUUUUCAUUAAUCUCAUCAGUGACCCUUCUAGAUGGGUCCGCCAAGCUGCGUUCCAGUCUCUAGGUCCAUUUAUCUCCACUUUUGCCAACCCAUCUAGUGCUGGCCUGUAUAUCAAGGAGGAUGGUACACUGAGCAUUAGACAGCUGGACAAUAGCGGUGCAGAUGUCAGUGCUACGUCCAGAGAGUUGUCUCAAAUUCGAAGCCAAGGCACUUUACAGAAUCCCACUUCAUUGACGAAAGUAGAGUCAAGUUGCAGGGAUAGCUUGCCUCAGCAGGAUGAGAUAUCAGAAACUAAUAGGAGCUCUCAGCCAAGCACAAGCAAUGGCAGCCAUGAGGAUCAGAUGAAAAUGUCACUGUCCAAGCCUUCAAACAGUACUGACCCUGCUUCUGCAACAGGUAACCAGGCAGCUAUGGACUGUGCAGAAGUUAAAGGCAAAUGUGUGUUGACAGAUGAUUGUUCAGAUGUAGCAAUUACUGAAGAAACUGAGAGGAUUUGUACAACUUCCCCUUCAUUAAGUUUGGAGCUUUCUGGAGACUUGUUUAAUUCAUUUGUUUAUUGGCGAGAGCCUCUGCCUGACAUCAAUUUUGACUUAGAGUUGCUACAAUCAGCGGUUGAGGAUGACCAGCGGGAUCCAAGGGUCACCUCCGUUUCAGGGUCACUAACCGAAGGCUUCACAAGGAACAAUGAAUUGGAGAAGGUUCUGGAAACUUUGCAGGCCCACUUGGAUGAUCCUGAUGUCCAAGCUCAAGUACAAGUGAUUACUGCUGCACUUCGAGCUGCACGAUUGGAUUCAGCAGUAGAAGAAGAACCAUCAACUGGUACUGAAAAUGCUGAAGAAAUCCAGGCAGAACUUUCACAGUCCAGCCAAGGGCUUUCUGUAUCCACACUGACUAGUUCCAUUAACACUGACAUGUCACAAAGCUUGGAGUCAGCAGUUGAGUUUGCAGCAAUGACACCUGAGCACUCAAUUCAAUGUUUGGAGUCUGAUGAAAGUGAACAGAAUAUGAGUCUGAGUAAUCAACCAUGUUGUGAUGUCGGAUCGUUAGAGCUGGAACAUAACGAUAGUUUGCUUUUUGGUGAAGACCAGUCAAAAGUACAGGAUAUUAUUCCACAACCGUUGCUGGACCAGUACCUGUCAAUGACAGAUCCUUCCCGAGCUCAAACUGUUGACACUGAAAUUACAAAGCACUGUGCAUACAGUCUGCCAGGUGUGGCUCUUACCCUUGGCAGACAGAACUGGCACUGUUUAAAGAAUACCUAUGAAACACUGGCUUCUGAUGUACAAUGGAAGGUACGACGGACCCUAGCCUUCUCUAUACAUGAGCUAGCUGUGAUCCUCGGUGAUCAACUAACUGCAGCUGAUCUGGUUCCAAUCUUCAACGGGUUCCUGAAGGAUCUGGAUGAAGUGCGAAUUGGAGUCUUAAAGCAUCUGUAUGACUUUCUGAAGCUACUUCAUGUGGAGAAGCGCCGUGAGUACUUGUACCAACUUCAGGAAUUUAUGGUCACCGAUAAUAGCCGGAAUUGGCGUUUUCGAUACGAGCUAGCAGAACAAGUAAUCUUGUUGCUGGAGCUCUAUAAUUCCAAUGAUAUACACGACUACCUGCGACACAUUGCACUCUCUCUGUGUUCUGACAAGGUUGCUGAGGUUCGAUGGGUUUCUUUCAAGCUGGUAGUGGAGAUUCUAAAGAAGUUUUAUGCAACUGCCAGUGAACCAUUAGCUGUGAACUUUAUGAAUGAGCUCACACUUCGAUUUUGCCAUUGCUCCAAGUGGAUUGGACGUCAGGCAUUUGCCUUCAUCUGUCAGGCAGUUGUGGAAGAGGAAUGCAUGCCAGUGAGCCAAUUUGUUGAACACCUACUUCCAAGUCUGCUUGGUUUGGCUACUGAUCCUGUUCCGAAUGUUCGAGUAUUGCUUGCCAAGGCACUAAGGCACACACUACUGGAAAAAACAUAUUUCACAGAGGCGGAGAAUCCUCACGUAGAAGCCGUCGAAGAGAUUGUUCUUAUUCUGCAGUCAGACCGAGACCGUGAUGUGAGAUUUUUUGCUAGUGCUGAGCUCCGAAACAACCCUGUGAACACCACCUCGUUUAUACACUGAAAACCUUUCUAACCAACUUGUCCAAUUCUAUAACUGCAUGCAGUUCCUGAACUGGUGAUGCGUCUGGUAAGCCCCCCCCGAGUCCCACACAAGGUGGAGGUGAUACCUGGGGGUCAAGUGGGCAUUAUCUUGGUCUACAGGCUGGAUCUGGACUGGAGGAUGCAGAGCACCUUCCUCUUUGUUAAAUAUGUGUAUAGAUCUGCAAAGAGCUUUUAUAAAUGAGGGAAGGGAAAGGGUGGGUGGGAAUUGAAUCCACUAACAAACCUGGAGACCACGAGCCUUACGUGCCCAUAUUUCUUCAACUAUCUACAGCUAUUUUUGAAUCAAAACUAUUUAGAAAGUUUCUUUUUAAAACUCCCUCUGAUUCUUGACACAGUUUGUUUUUUAUUUCCUAACUGUCUUAUUUCUAAAAGUGAACUUUGCAAUUUGGAAACAGUUACAAUUUGGUAUUCUUUAUUUUUUGAGUAUGUGCUCCUCACUUUUCUAAUUUUGUACAGUUUUUUUUUGUAUUGAUAUACCCCCAACUGAUGUACAUUUGAAUAUUUCAGAAAGUAUGCAAUACAGAGAUUUCAGGCACAUUUCAACUGAUUUCAGCUGCAUUUUAACUUUUUUGAAACUUGUGGAGCUGUCUCCUAAAUUUCCCCUCCCCACAGGGCAGCUACUUUUCCUUUUGCACUUUGGAAGCCACAUUGAACUGCUCCCUUAGCGGAUUAAGAGUUGACUUCUCAGUGGCAUGAAACACAAUGACUACCCAACAUACUGACAGGGGAAAUGAGCUGAGUAUGUACUAUCCCACCAAACCCACCAUCUUUUUUUUUAAUGAGUAACUGAGCCAUGUUGGUUAUGGGAAACCUAACCAGGAAGGUGCAAUCGCACUUGAAACCAGCAGAUUGGACUCUGUAUGCAGAUGUUUUAACUGUCUCCUUUUCACUUUAAAUUCACAUUGCUGUAGAGUUCGGCAGCACUAAGAAUGCAGUUCAUACCACUAAUGAAAAAUGCUAGAGAAUUGAUAUUCAGAAGUGCACAUAAUAAAUAUGAGGUAGAAUGAGCUUUAUUAUUUUUAAAAUUUAGUUUAAAUGUUUUUAUCCUCAAACCAGCUGCUACGGGUUCCAUAUUUGUUGAUCAGUAUGUGGUAAGGACUUAGAGAUAAAACUGCAGGUUGCUUUUAAGAUAAUGCAGGGAUACAUUAUAUCUCUAAAUCUAACUAUUUUUGGUGUUGAAUUCAUCUUGAAUAGUGCUCUGGAGGUGUGUUGGUGCCACAGCAGUACUGUUUUCAUUGUUUGUUGACUCAUUCAGUGAAUAAAACACCCACUACAGUUCCACUGAGUUUCUCUCUCUUGAAAUUGAUGCACUGUCAAGUCUUGUGGCUCAGCAGAGUGAAAUAGGGACUGGCGCAAUUGGUGUUGCAGUUUGACUGAACAAACUAAAUGAGCUGUACCUGACUGGGCACUGGCUGAAGUUUUCCUGCAUUGGAUUUGCCUUUGAGAGUGAGCUGGAUCAACGUGCGAAGCUUUGUGAUGGGAAUGGGCUUGCAACAUGCAAGUUCAUUGCUGUCAAGGAGGCUUUGAAUAUUCCCUGAAUGUGUAACAUCUUUUCCCAUGUUUUGCCAUGUACUCCUCUUUGGUUUAUGGUGACAGAAAUGCCUUGCAUCAGGAAUUAUUGCCUUUGCACUUCCCUUGUUUUGAUGCCGACUCGUAUUACCAAGCAUUUUUUAUGAUAUGGUGUAUAAGAAUGAGGUUUUUGUAUAGUGUAAAGGCUGAUUGUAUUGUAACUAUAGUUACAAGUUUGAGUUUUUACAAUUAACAUUAAAUACUGUGUUGCUGUAAUA